UACGAGGAGGAGGCGACCCCGCCGCUGCCACCGUCGGGUCAACGCAGGUGCGGCCGCCACGGCCGCCGGCCCCCGCCCCGCGGGCAUGCGGCUGCUCUCUUAGGAUGAGGUGUUGGUUGCAGGUAUAAAUAGGAUAAGUGAAAAUAAGAAUAUCCAGAUAUUAAGAUAAGAACUAAAAGAAUCAAACAGGGAAGUAUUCAUAUUUUGAGACUCUAAGAAGAGGUAGCAAUAUUUAAUAUGGAACAAAAACCUUGUGAAUCAAAUAAUGAAGAUCAUUUAUCAAGUAGUGGCAUCACACCCAAUGGAGGUUCUUCAACUCCAUUUUUUAUGUCAUCUGUUCGUGGUACAAUAAUUGAAAACACAUCUUCAACUGGGACUUUCACACAAAUUCCUUUUUUCCCUAAAUAUGAAGCAGAACUUGAUUCUCACAGGAAAGUUAUUCCUUACCCUGGAAAAGAACACAUUGAACGUGUUUUGGAAGAAUAUUCACAUCAAGUCAAAGAUUUGCAGAAGAGACUAAAUGAAAGCAACGAAUUGCAUGAGAAGCAAAAGUUUUACUUAAGGCAGUCAGUCAUAGAUUUGCAAACAAAACUUCAAGAGAUGCAAAUGGAGAGAGAUGCCAUGGCCGACAUCAGACGAAGGGAGAGUCAGUCCCAGGAGGAUUUAAGAAGUCAGCUUCAAAAUACAGUUCAUGAACUGGAAGCUGCCAAAUGUCUUAAGGACGACAUGCUGAAAGAUAGCAACUCACAGAUAGAGCAGCUAAGAAAAAUGAUGCUUAGUCAUGAGGGAGUGCUUCAAGAAAUCCGAUCAAUCCUAGUUGACUUUGAAGAAGCCUCAGGCAAGAAAAUAUGUGAACACGAAAGCAUGUCUACUGUUCACUUCCGCAACAUGGGCACAGCUAUUAGUAAAAUCCUAAGAGAAUUAGACACAGAGAUUUCUUAUCUUAAAGGGAGGAUAUUUCCAGUAGAGGAUCAGCUUGAAGCCCUGAAAUCUGAAUCACAGAACAAAAUAGAACUACUUCUUCAACAGCAUCAAGAUAGGAUUGAACAGUUAAUAAGUGAACAUGAAAUUGAAAUAACAGGACUUACUGAGAAAGCUAGCAGUGCUCGAAGCCAAGCCAAUAGUAUCCAAAGUCAACUGGAAAUCAUUCAAGAACAAGCAAGAAACCAAAAUUCAAUGUAUAUGCGUCAACUCAGUGAACUGGAAUCUACUGUUUCUCAGCUACGUUCUGAAUUGAGGGAAGCCAAAAGGAUGUACGAAGACAAGAUAGAAGAGCUGGAGAAGCAGUUAGUCCUUGCCAACUCGGAACUAACUGAAGCACGGACCGAACGUGAUCAGUUCAGUGAGGAAUCUGGAAAUUUGGAUGAUCAACUUCAAAAACUGUUGGCUGAUCUACACAAAAGAGAGAAGGAGCUGAGUCUGGAGAAGGAGCAGAACAAGCGUUUGUGGGACCGGGACACUGGCAACAGCAUCACCAUUGACCACCUGCGGCGGGAGCUGGACGACAGGAACAUGGAGGUACAGCGCCUGGAAGCCCUCCUCAAGGCCAUGAAGAGCGAGUGUCAAGGCCAGAUGGAGCGACAGAUGGCAGCAAUUCAGGGAAAGAACGAAAGCCUAGAAAAAGUGUCCUCCUUGACUGCUCAGCUUGAAUCUACCAAAGAAAUGCUCCGCAAAGUAGUAGAAGAGUUGACAGCCAAGAAAAUGACCCUAGAGAGCUCAGAGAGGACUGUAUCGGACCUGACAGCUUCCCUUCAGGAAAAAGAGAGAGCCAUCGAGGCCACCAAUGCAGAGAUCACAAAGCUCCGCUCCCGGGUAGACUUGAAAUUGCAGGAACUGCAGCACUUGAAAAACGAAGGGGAUCACCUCAGAAACAUGCAGACAGAAUGUGAGGCCCUCAAGCUUCAGAUGGCUGAGAAGGACAAGGUGAUCGAGAUCUUGCGACAACAGAUUGAAAAUAUGACGCAGUUGGUGGGCCAGCAUGGACGAACUGCUGGUGCUAUGCAAGUAGAAAAAGCUCAACUUGAGAAAGAGAUUAAUGACAGGAGACUGGAACUGCAGGAAUUUAAGAUUUUAAAAGAUAAAAAAGAUGCAAAGAUACGAGAACUUGAGGCCAGAGUGAGUGACCUGGAGCUGGAAAAGGUGAAGCUGGUGAAUGCAGGCUCUGAGCGGCUCCGUGCAGUGAAGGACAUCAAACAAGAGCGAGAUCAAUUAUUAAGUGAGGUGAAAGCUAGUAGGAAUGAGUUAAACAGUCUUACAGAAGACUAUGAAGUCUUAAAGAGGAAUUUUCGAAACAAAAGUGAAGAAAUGGAAACUACUACAAAUAAGCUGAAAAUGCAAUUAAAAUCUGCACAGUCUGAGUUAGAACAAACAAGAAAUACAUUAAAGUCAAUGGAAGGAUCUGAUGGUCAUGCUAUGAAAGUGGCAAUGGGGAUGCAAAAGCAAAUCACAGCUAAAAGAGGUCAGAUAGAUGCUCUUCAGAGCAAGAUACAGUUUUUGGAAGAGGCAAUGACAAAUGCAAAUAAGGAAAAACAUUUUCUAAAAGAAGAAAAGAAUAAACUAAGCCAGGAAUUGAGUACUGUUGCAACAGAGAAAAACAAGAUGUCUGGAGAACUAGAAGUCUUGAGAUCUCAGGAACGCCGUUUGAAAGAAAAAGUUGCUAAUAUGGAAGUUGCUCUCGAUAAGGCAUCUUUGCAGUUUGCAGAAUGUCAAGAUAUAAUACAACGUCAAGAACAAGAAUCUGUGCGCCUAAAACUUCAACACACUUUGGAUGUAAAAGAACUUCAGAGCCCUGGAUAUACCUCAAAUUCUUCUGUGAAACCACGCCUUCUACAGCCAUCAUCGGCUGUCCAUUCUCAUUCUAAUGUACCAUCUUCCCAGUCCACGGCCAGCUUCCUGUCUCAUCAUUCUAUGAAACGUAACACACUGAAGGAAGAUCCAACAAGGGACCUGAAACAGCUUCUCCAAGAAUUGAGAAGUGUGAUCAAUGAGGAACCCCCUGUGCCUUUGGGCAAGACCGAAGAAGAUGGGAGAACACCACCUCUGGGAGUCUCAUAUGUAGCUAUAAGCAACAACUCAUUAAGGGACUCCACGGAAGGGAGCAAAUCAAGUGAAACUCUCAGCAGAGAGCCAGUCACAUUACACACAGGAGACCUAGAAGAUCCGUCUAGUUGCUUCACAUUCCCAUGUACAGUAAGUCCAUCUGUGAAAAAUUCAGCUUCUCGUUCAUUCCAUUCUUCUCCUAAGAAGUCUCCAGUUCAUUCACUCCUAACUAGUUCAGCAGAAGAUUCAGUUGGUUCCACAUCACAAUAUAGAUCCACCAAACCUGUUCAUUCACCUGAUUCUGUUAAAGCUUCACAGUCUCAGCCAAUAGAAACAACAGGAAAAACAUGCAGGAAGCUUCAGAACAGACUGGAAAGCUUGCAGACUCUGGUAGAAGAUUUACAGAUAAAGAACCAAGCAAUGUCUUCAAUGAUCAGAAAUCAAGAAAAGAGGAUACAGAAAGUGAAAGACCAGGAAAAAAUGUUACUAAAAUGAUACAUUGAUUGCCUAUUUACAGAGGGAUGAUGCCCAAUUAAUUGUGGUAUUACUUAUAAAUAGUGCCCUGUGAACUUUUUCUUUUUAUGUGAAAAUUUAAUAAAAGAUACCCUGUCCUAUAAACUCUGUUUUGAAAUAAACUAUUCUUGAAUGCUCUCACAGUAAAACUUCAAGCAGUACUAACUAGAUGUGGAAGUAUACAUAACUCAUAAGGUGUUGAUUUGUGCUACUACUAGUGUGUUUGAAUAGUUAUGUUUUUUUAAUAUCUUUACUGGUGCUGAGGCAAUAGUUUGUUUGU